AUGGAAAAGCCAGAGGAAAACUCAGCCAGGACCUUUAUGGAGUUGAUGCGAGUGCCAGUGCAGUUUUACCGGAGCAUUGGCGAGGAUAUCUACGCCCAUCGCUCCAUCAAUCCAUUGAAAUCCCUACUGCUCAAAAUCUACCUAUAUGCAGGAUUUAUCAACUUCAAUCUGCUGGUCAUCGGAGAACUGGUGUUUUUCUACAACUCAAUUCAGGACUUUGAGACCAUCCGUUUGGCCAUUGCUGUGGCUCCCUGUAUUGGAUUUUCCCUGGUGGCUGAUUUCAAGCAAUUCGCCAUGGUGAAAGGCAAGAAAACGUUGAUUAUGCUGCUCGAUGACCUGGAGGAAAUGCAUCCAAAAAGCUUGAAGAAGCAGAAGGCAUAUAGACUACCAGACUUUGAGAAGACCAUGAAGCGUGUGAUCAAUAUUUUCACCUUUCUCUGCCUGGCGUAUACGACUACUUUCUCCUUUUAUCCGGCUAUUAAGGCCUCUGUGAAAUUUAAUUUUCUGGGCUAUGAGACCUUUGAUAGGAAUUUCGGUUUCCUCAUCUGGUUUCCCUUCGAUGCCACGAGCAGUAACUUGGUUUACUGGAUCAUGUACUGGGACAUAGCUCAUGGGGCCUAUCUAGCGGGUAUUGCUUUUCUCUGCGCCGAUCUCUUGCUCGUCGUCGUCAUUACCCAGAUUUGCAUGCACUUUAACUAUAUAUCUAUGCGGCUGGAGGAGCAUCCCUGUAAGCCUGAAGAAGACACAGAAAAUAAAGAGUUCCUCAUUGGCAUCAUCAGAUAUCAUGACAAGUGCCUCAAGCUCUGCGAACAUGUCAACGAUCUAUAUAGCUUCUCUCUUCUGCUAAAUUUCCUGAUGGCCUCUAUGCAAAUAUGCUUCAUUGCCUUUCAGGUCACCGAAUCCACUGUGGAGGUCAUCAUUAUUUACUGCAUUUUCCUGAUGACCUCAAUGGUGCAGGUCUUUAUGGUGUGCUACUAUGGAGACUCAUUAAUUGCUGCGAGUUUGAGAGUGGGAGAUGCUGCCUACAAUCAAAAGUGGUUUCAGUGCAGCAAAACCUACUGCAGCAUGCUAAAACUACUGAUUAUGCGAAGUCAGAAGCCAGCUUCAAUAAGACCUCCUACUUUUCCACCUAUAUCUUUGGUUACCUACAUGAAGGUUAUCAGCAUGUCGUAUCAGUUCUUUGCCUUACUGAGAACCACAUACAGCGAUAAUUAAUUCACCAAAGCGCCUCCCUCCGCGCUUCUCAAAUCGCCCACUUG